AUGCCAUCUGUCGUGUAUCCUUACACUGUUACAAACAGUCACAAAGGGGGCCUCUUCAUGCGUACUUACAGCCGCAAUGUCCGACGCGCUUGGGAUGGUGAAGACUAUCGUCCGCCAAAGCGCCAGCGUCUCGAAGAUGCAUGGAACGCGCAUUCGUUCACCUCGGGUGGUUACAACGAGAAUAUGACGACCAAGUCAAUCGAUCUUGAAGACAGCCUCGAACGCGCCAUUCGCGAAACCAGUGUUGCUGCACUAUCCUCAUCGCCCUCGCGGAAGAACAGCACAGUCUUCUCGGCAGAGUCCCGAGAAGACGACGUAGGCAGCACCAUCACGCCCCCUUCAUCACCUCCGCCAACGCUACAGCUCACGCCACCCAACGUGAAGGCGCGGAAACCUACAUUCUCGUUCAUGGACAAGUCCAAGAAGGAAAAGAAGGACCUCAAAAACGCGAAAAGGAAGCGCGAUGCCCAAGUUGCUGGCUUGUUGGGUGCCGAAAACAACACGCGUCACGACUCGGAGCCUCUGUCCGAGAUCUUCAACAACAGCACACGCGCGCAGGGCACACAACCUUUGGUCCGAGACGCGUCUGCCGGUCGAGAUGCAGGAGUGCAGCUGGCCACAGGUGCCACGCGACCAUCUGCACCUAAACAAAAUCUGGUGCAGACAGUCCUCGAUCUAGGCCAACCUCUGGCCCCCACAACUUGCGCACAGUGUCAAAUGUCCUACAUGCCCACAUUAUCCGAGGAUGCACAGCUGCACGAUAUGUUUCAUCAUCGUGACAGUUCUGGUAUUGAACUCGGGAAACCGUUCCUAAAAUCGGCAAUGCGCUGGUGCUAUCAAGUGCCACAAAUCCCCGGUAGUGUGGUCGUGGUGGACAGAAAGCUUUCUCUGCCCGCACGAAGGACCGUUCAGAAACUUCUAUCAAUCGUCAGUAAAGAGCUCGGUAGUGUCGAGAUCAAAGAGGAGGAAUUGUGGAGCCAACGGGCCUUGGAGGGCGAGAAAGACGAGGGCCGAAAAUGUGACCGAUACAAGGUUUUCCUGCAUAUCAUCGACGAAAAAUGCGUGGGCGUCUGUUUGGCAGAGCGAAUCACCAAAGCUCACCGGGUCCUUCCGAUUGAGACGGCUACCAGCGAGACUUUGGCUUUGAACGAUCAUUUCAAGCCCAUUGCUCCUGCAACACCGGCAGCCACAGAAGUGCAUGACGAAGACUCGACUCAAAUGCACGUUAGGCCUCAGAUCCCAACGCCAGUGGCCAGCCCAACAUCUUCGGGCCCGUCGUCGAGCAUCAGCAUCUCAGAGGAGACGUACCCGGCGGUGGUUGGUGUUAGCCGGAUCUGGACGAGCCGGGCGUUCCGGCACAAAGGCAUUGCCAACAACCUUUUGGAAUGCGUCAUGCAUCAAUUCAUUUAUGGUAUGGAAAUUGAACCUCUGCAGGUGGCUUUCAGUCAGCCUACCGAGAGUGGAGCGGCAUUGGCAAGGGCAUGGUUUGGUGAGGGUCAUGGGUGGGCUGUGUAUCGGGAGGAAUGA